AACCACCUCUCCGUCUCUGCACAGGUCAGUAAAGAAUGACAAGUAGUCCCAGUCCCAUGGGCAUAAUGAUCCAAAACCCAAUUGAAACCACAGGCAUAAGCCAUGAUCUGUCUGAUGGUAGUGGCGUGGCUCUGCCUUCCUCUUCUCCUUCCCCCAUUCUUACCCAUUGCAAAUUCCUCGUUUCUGUUGAAGUUUGCUUAAAACCCUCGAGCACAGCUCGCGUUGAAGAUGUGCGGUUAGCCGUUGAAAGAAUGCUUGAAAAGAGGAGUUUAAGCUAUGUUGAUGGACCAAUUCCCGUGCCAAUUGAUGACCAAUUUCUCUUUGAAAAUGUACAAAGAAUCUGCGUUUGUGAUAAGGAUGAAUGGGUGACCAACCAUGAUAUUCUUCUGUUCUGGCAAGUCAAACCUGAUGUACAUGUUUUUCAGCUCAGUGAGGAAGGACCGAGUGAGGAGCUAGGUGGGGAUGGCCAACUUUCUAGCUUUAAUGAUUGGAUUCUUCCAGCUAAGGAAUUUGAUGGCAUGUGGGAAAGCUUAAUUUAUGAAUUUGGUCUCAAGCAAAGGUUAUUGCAGUAUGCAGCCAGUGCAUUGUUCUUUACAGAAAAGGGUGUUGAUCCUUUUCUUGUUUCAUGGAAUCGCCUUAUUCUUUUACAUGGAACUCCAGGGACUGGAAAGACUUCUUUAUGUAAAGCGGCUCAGAAGCUAUCAAUACGAUUUAACUCCAGAUACCCCCAAUGCCAAUUGAUUGAAGUUAAUGCACAUUCGUUGUUUAGCAAAUGGUUCUCUGAAAGUGGCAAGCUGGUUGCAAAACUUUUCCAGAAAAUACAGGAAAUGAUAGAGGAAGAAAACAAUCUGGUAUUUGUUUUGAUUGAUGAAGUUGAAAGCCUCGCUGCUGUUAGAAAAGCUGCUUUAUCUGGUUCCGAACCUUCAGAUUCUAUUCGAGUUGUGAAUGCUCUGCUAACACAGAUGGACAAAUUGAAAACAUCACCAAAUGUGAUCAUCCUGACUACAUCAAAUAUAACUGCUGCUAUUGAUAUUGCAUUUGUUAAUCGAGCUGACAUCAAAGCAUAUGUUGGUCCCCCAACUCUUCAAGCUCGUUAUGAAAUUCUAAGAUCCUGUUUUCAAGAACUCCUGCGAACAGGAAUAAUAUCAAAUUUCCAGGACUCUGACUAUCUCGUGCUUCCAUAUUAUUCAACCUUGAGAGAGAAAUUAAAUGCACCAGAUGUUCAGGAAGCUCAGCCUGUGCUGCCCUUUUGUAAGCAAUUGCUUGAAGCUGCGGAAGCAUGUGAGGGAAUGAGUGGAAGAUCAUUGAGAAAACUUCCUUUCUUGGCACACGCAGGUCUUUCAAAUCCAAACAGUUGUGAUGCUAGUGAAUUCUUGUGCGCAAUGAUAGAAACAGCAAGGAGGGAGCAUUCUGAGCUGCCUGAAUCCUGAUUAAUGAUUUUUACUCCAUCUGAAAAAAGUGUCAAAUGCUAAAAAAGUAAACAACUACCUUGUAUUUUAAUGCAACUCAUGUCCCAGCAUCUUUUUUAUGUGAUUUCUGUCCGCGUUCAGGGACAGUCAUAACGUGAUAUAAUUAGUUAUGUAGAGAAGUUGAAAUCGUUUUUGCCUUUUUCAGCUAUUGUAGAAAUAAUAUUGAAGAGAA